AUUCUGCGGUACAUAAACAUACUACCGAGGUCCCGCGCCAUCUUCUAGCUAAUAAGCGGCCACAAUAAAUCAUUGUGUUGUACCUCAGUGCUGCUAUCAAAGUACUCACUUGCUUUAGCUACAAACUGAACAAUGAGUGAUACUGAGGAUGGAAACUACGAGGGACGGGGGUCACGCUCCCCGUCUAAAUCGGAUCGUGGGAGUCCGGCUAGGGCCAAGUCGGGCAGCAGGUCCCGCUCCCACAGCCCCGCCCGGGCCGCCAAGCGCUCCGAGUCCAGAUCCCGCUCUCGGUCAAAAUCUAGGUCUCGUUCGAGGCGGCACUCAAACCGCCGCUCACGCUCUCGGUCCUAUUCCAACCGGAGGAAAUCCCGCUCUCGCUCCUACAGCCAAGAGUACCGCCGCAAGAAGAGCCCCAGCGCUUCCCCCAAUUCCAGCAGGCGGCGUCCAUCUGGCAGCAAGAGCCAUGACUUCCCAAAAGAAGCAGCCACUCAAGGCGCAGAUGGAGAUGUUAGGGCGAACCCUGACCCCAGCAAAUGUUUGGGGGUGUUUGGCCUGAGCCUCUACACCACAGAGCGGGACCUGCGGGAGGUGUUUUCACGCCACGGCCCUCUGGCGGGGGUCAACGUGGUUUACGACCAGCGCACAGGACGCUCCCGAGGCUUCGCCUUCGUAUACUACGAGCGAAUCGAUGAUUCCAAAGAGGCGAUGGAGCGAGCCAAUGGCAUGGAGCUGGACGGGAGGCGCAUCAGAGUGGACUUUUCCAUUACUAAACGUGCUCACACCCCCACACCAGGCAUCUACAUGGGCCGGCCAACUCACAACGGUGGCAGCGGCAGCAGCAGCAGCGGUGGUGGUGGUGGUGGUGGAGGAGGAGGGAGGGAAGGUGGUGGUAGGGAUGGAGGAGGCAGUAGGGAAGGUGGUAGGGAAGGUGGUAGAGAUGGAGGUAGAGAUGGUGGUGGUGGCGGCGGCGGCGGCAGCAGCAGGAGAGGGAGAGACUCGCAUUAUGACCGUGGCUACGAACGUGGCUACGACAGAUAUGAAGAGUACGAUUAUAGUCGCAGACGCUCUCCAUCACCGUACUACCAACGAUACAGGUCCCGCUCACGGUCUCGCUCCUACAGCCCACGGCGAUACUAAGGUCCAUCUUCAACGCUCUUCUUCCCUCCAAUAAUUGAUGGUGUGUGACUCCUCAGGAUGUUCUAUGGGGAUUUUUUGGAUUAGCAUGUCUAUAUUAACAGAAAUGUUAAGUUUGAGAUGGUUCUUGUUUACAUGCAUUAGAUGUCUUAAUUUGUUAGACGUUUCGAUGCAACCAUGUUGAGUGUGAGCCAAGAACUCUGCAACUCUUGCUUUAUUCUUAGGCUUGCAUCCCUUCUUCCAACUUCACUUUAAUUACAAGGAUACAGCCUUCUUCCUUGCACUGAUGACUGUUCUUGUCAUGAUGGGGAAAGUAAACUGGGUCUUAGUCAAAUAAAUGAAUGGUAACACUUAAUUGUACAACCGGUGUUAGUUAACGUGUAACAAUCUUUGGACGGUAAAAAAGCAGAUUAUUGUUUGUUGCCAUGUACUUUGUGAGUUCACCGGUAUAUGUGACUCAGACUGUAAGAUCAAGUGUUGCCAGCAUCAGUGGUCGGUUCUCUGCUCAUUGUUUUUGUGUGGUCAAGGAAGUCAUCAUUUGAGUUUUUCCAGAGUUUUAUUAUCAUGUAUUGCAUUUGUUAUUGUUGUUUUUUUGUAUGGAAAUACAGAUAUACGAAAUCUU